AUGGGCAAGAAAGAUAAGAAAAAGGAAGAGGCGGAUCCAGCACCACCAGCCGAUGCUCCUCCAGCUGAUGCCCCACCAGCAGGUGAGGGUGGAGAUGGCGAGAUUGUUGGAGGACCACGUAAUCCUCAACAGAUUGCGGCACAAAAACGAUUACAACAAACCCAGGCACAAGUCGAUGAGGUUGUUGAUAUUAUGCGAACAAAUGUUGAAAAGGUACUCGAAAGAGAUCAAAAGUUAUCGGAAUUGGAUGAUCGUGCCGAUGCCCUGCAACAGGGUGCCUCACAAUUUGAACAGCAGGCUGGUAAAUUGAAACGAAAGUUCUGGUUGCAAAAUUUGAAGAUGAUGAUUAUAAUGGGUGUUAUUGGUCUCGUUAUUGUGGGCAUUAUUGCAAAUAAACUUGGUCUAAUAGGCAGUGAGCCACAGCCCCAGUAUCCACCACAAUAUUAUAUGCCGCCACCACCACAACCACCACCACAGGCAGCUGGUACUGGUGGUGGUACAUCAUCGUUGGUCGCAGAUGAUACUAAACAACAUGCAGCAGCAGGCGGUGUAUAAGAGAAUUAGUUUUUAAU